CCCCGGAGCCACUUCCGUGCGGGGCUUCCGCGUGUGUAGCAGCUUGGCCCUCCCAGCGCCACAUUCUGCGUAUUUCCUCCCGUGGCGGGUGGGACCGUGGGCGGCCGCUCUUCGUUGCGGUGUGUUGGUCCAGGAGAAGAGGACCCUUCACACCCGCCCGGACCCCGCGAUGCCCGCCCCGCAGUGCGCCUCCUGCCACAAGGGCCGCGCCGCCCUCCGCCGCCCGCGCUCCGGCCAAGCGCUGUGCGGCACCUGCUUCUGCGCCGCCUUCGAGGCCGAGGUGCUGCACACGGUGGUCGCGGGCCGCCUGCUGCCGCCCGGCGCCGUGGUGGCCGUGGGGGCCUCGGGCGGCAAGGACUCCACGGUGCUGGCGCACGUGCUGCGCGAGCUGGCGCCGCGCCUGGGCAUCUCGCUGCGGCUGGUGGCCGUGGACGAGGGCAUCGGCGGCUACCGGGACGCGGCGCUGGCGGCCGUGCGGCGCCAGGCGGCGCGCUGGGAGCUGCCGCUCACCGUCGUGGCCUACGCCGACCUGUUCGGGGGCUGGACGAUGGACGCCGUGGCCCGCAGCACGGCCGGCUCGGGCCGCAGCCGCUCCUGCUGCACCUUCUGCGGGGUGCUGCGGCGGCGGGCGCUGGAGGAAGGGGCGCGCCUCGUGGGAGCCACUCAUGUCGUGACGGAACCCAACCCCCGGGUCCCCAGGAUGCUCCUCCUGCUGACCGCACUUCAGAUCUGGGCUCUAGCCGGGGCCCAGAGCCAAGAGGAUAAGAACAAAAUAAUCGGUGGCUACUCCUGCAUCCAGCACUCCCAGCCGUGGCAGGCAGCCCUGCUGGCCGGCCUCGCCCAUCGCCUGCAUUGCGGAGCGGUCCUGCUGUCAGAACACUGGGCCAUCACCGCCGCCCACUGCUCCCGCCCGAUCCUUCGGGUCGCGCUGGGCAAGCACAACCUGAAGAGGCGCGAGGCCACCCAGCAGGUGCUGCGCGUGGCCCGCCAGGUGCCACAUCCCCAGUACAACCCUCGGACCCACGACAACGACCUGAUGCUGCUGCAGCUGGAGCGGCCGGCUCGGCUGGGGAGCGCGGUCAGGCCCAUCGCCGUGGCCAGGACCUGCGCCAGCCCACAGACACCCUGCCACGUGUCCGGCUGGGGCACCACGUCCAGCCCCAUGGCCAGGUACCCCAACGCUCUGCAGUGCGUAAACAUCAGCAUCACCUCUCGUCAGCAAUGUCAGCAGGCCUACCCCGGCGCCAUCACCGCGGGCAUGGUCUGCGCGGGAAUCCCGGAAGGCGGGAAGGACUCUUGUCAGGGAGACUCCGGAGGACCCCUGGUGUGCAACGGGAAACUCCAGGGCCUGGUGUCCUGGGGGAUGGAGCGCUGUGCCCUGCCUGGCUACCCCGGAGUCUACACCAACCUCUGCGAGUACUACGACUGGAUCCAGCAAACCAUUCUGAGCGCGUGAUCGCCAGUGUGAGGGAAUACGGAUGCCCACCUGCUGCCCAGGCCUGCUCUCUCCACUCAAGACCAGUGGCUCCUCUCCCAGCCCCAGGAGUCCAGGCCCCCAGCUCCCUCCUCCCUCAGCCCCAGGAGUCCAGGCCCCCAGCUCCCUCCUUCCUCAGACCCAGGAGUCCAGGCCCCCAGCUCCCUCCUCCCUCAGACCCAGGGGUCCAGGCCCCCGGCCCCUCCUCCCUCAGACCCAGGCAUUAUUCUAUUUAUUGGGAGUUCAGGCCCCCAGCAUCCUGGUCCUAACCCCUGGCUCAGAACUUCCCUCUCCCAGAGGGUCCCUCAGAUGUUCUCUCCCCACCCCCAUAGCAUCAUCACCCUUAGACACAGAGGCGGGAGCAUGAAGGCACCAAACUUGGCAACAUAUUCCGAAGAAGACAGUUUUCAAAACGCUUAGCGUCUCUGUAAACCAGACGAAUAAUAAUAAAAAUGGAAUAAUCCUA